AGAGCGUUCGAAAAUGCUAGUCGGUGUUUGUGGCCGCGUGCUUACUGAGGGACAGUCCGUACGUUUGGACUUCCGGUUUCACAGCGUGGACGAAGUAGUGACUUAAGCUAGUGCUAGCUUCUGUUCGUCACUCUCCUGCGGGGAAGGGUUUGUGUCGUCACGCCUUACGUUUUACGUCGUCUACUUAAAAAAUUGUAAUGAAGAAACAUCCGUAGACGAGGAUGUUACAGCUCAGAAGGACUUUAGCUCUUCUAAGAGGUGAAACUGGAAACCAGCGGGCUCGGACCGGCUCCACCUUCCCCUUUCUUAAUUCAACUGAUGCCAGUUCUGGACUAGUCCUCCAGUCUCAGUCCACUGAUGUGUACCAGAACUUAGCUUUGGAGGACUGGAUUGAUGCCCAUGUGGACCUACAGCAGCGCGGCAUCCUGUUACUGUGGAGGAACCGGCCGGCUGUGGUCAUUGGACGCCACCAGAACCCGUGGAGCGAGUGCAACCUCCCGGCAAUGAGGGAAAUGGGAAUCGCUUUGGCCCGCCGGCGGAGUGGGGGUGGCACGGUCUUCCACGACCACGGGAACCUGAACAUGACUUUCUUUGCUUCCAAGAAGGCGUACGACCGCAAGAGGAACCUGAAGGUGGUGACCGAGGCUUUGAGACGGCUGCGGCCAAACCUGGACAUCCAGGCCACUGAUAGAUUUGAUAUUUUAUUGAAAGGACACUACAAGAUUUCGGGUACUGCAUCCAGACUCAGUAGGAAGUCCUCCUACCACCACUGCACCCUCCUCUACUCUGCCGAUCGCUCCGCCCUCUCCACGGUGCUCCGCCCUUCGUGUCCCGGCAUCCAAAGUAACGCCACACCAAGCGUCCCGUCACCUGUCGCCAACCUGAUAGACCAUGCACCUUCUCUGGCUUUAGAGGAGCUCCUGGAAGCACUAGUGCAGCAGUACAACACAGAGUUCGGCUUCAGCUCGGCGUGCACUCUUGUCGACCCGUCCGACGAGUCCGCGUUCCCCGGCGUGGGCACCAUGGCGACAGAGCUGCGAAGCUGGGACUGGACGUUCGGCAGGACGCCUAAAUUCAGAGUGGAAACGCUGCUGGAGCUGAGGGAUGAGCAGCCGCCCGCCCGCUGCUCCGCUCAGCUGCAGGUGGAGGUGAAGGCCGGACAGGUGGAGAGCUGCAGGUUGGACGUCCCUGCCAGCUGGAUUCCCCUGCGGCUCAGCGGGCAGCUGAGCGACGUGCUGGUCGGGGAGAGGUUCUGUCCGCACAGAGCGGCCGCCGCUGUCGCCGCCAUGCUGCGUUCUGAGAGAGGGCAGUUUCACAGCAGACUGCACAACCUGUGUGAGGCUGUGCUGGCUGUGAUGGGUUGAGAGCACUCCCUACAGGAAGCUGGAGGAACUGCAGCCCCACCAGCAAGAUGUUAGAUCUGAAUCUGACUGAGAAUUAAAUACCAUCAUGUUCUGA